CAGUCCCCACAACAGUGUAGUGCACUGCUUUCCGCAUCCCAUCUUCCAUCCUCCCCCUGAUUUUACCAUGGAGAACAUCCUUCAUGCAACCCCAGCUCAUGUGUCCCUCCCGGAAAGCUUCGUCUUCGCUUCCGACAAGGUCCCGCCGGCCACCAAGGCUGUCGUCUCGCUGCCCAUCAUCGAUCUCUCAUGUGGUCGUGAUGAGGUCCGCCGUUCGAUCCUCGAGGCCGGCAAGGAGCUCGGAUUCUUCCAGGUCGUCAACCAUGGCGUCUCCAAACAGGUCAUGCGGGACAUGGAGGGCAUGUGCGAGCAGUUCUUCCAUUUGCCGGCAGCAGUCAAGGCAUCGUUGUACUCGGAAGAGCGACACAAGCCAAACAGGCUCUUCUCCGGUGCUACCUAUGACACGGGGGGCGAGAGAUACUGGCGGGACUGCCUCCGCCUCGCCUGCCCCUUCCCAGUUGACGACAGCAUCAACGAAUGGCCCGAUACUCCCAAAGGGCUCCGGGACGUUAUCGAAAAGUUCACCAGCCAAACCAGAGAUGUAGGGAAGGAAUUGUUGCGCCUCUUGUGUGAGGGUAUGGGGAUCCGGGCUGACUACUUUGAGGGAGACCUUAGCGGGGGUAAUGUGAUCCUCAACAUCAACCACUAUCCAUCUUGCCCGAAUCCAGACAAAGCGCUUGGACAGCCGCCACAUUGUGACCGAAAUGUCAUCACCCUCCUACUCCCUGGCGCUGUCAAUGGCCUCGAGGUCUCCUACAAGGGGGACUGGAUCAAGGUUGACCCUGCACCUAACGCAUUUGUCGUCAACUUCGGCCAACAACUCGAGGUUGUGACAAAUGGGUUGUUAAGGAGCAUAGAGCAUCGUGCGAUGACAAACUCGGUGCUUGCACGCACAUCGGUGGCUACCUUUAUUAUGCCUACUCAAGAAUGUAUUAUUGGUCCCGCGAAGGAGUUCCUUAGUGAAGAAAACCCACCGUGCUACCGCACCAUCAUGUUUCGUGACUUCAUGCGCAUCUACAAUGUUGUCAAGCUUGGGUCAUCGCUCAAUCUCACAACCAAUCUCAAGAACGUUCAGAAGGAGAUAUAAAUCAAAUCUACAAGGCUCCUUCAAGAUCUGGAAUUAUCCUAUUCCCACUUGUUAUGUUUCUUACGUAUGCCACAGAUCUCAGUUGUGUCCAAUUGUUGCUAUGCAACAACUACAUGCACUUUGAUGAUUUGUAGCAACAAAAGUAAUAAAUGCCUGAUGAGUAUAAGACGUUAAUCGUCUUAAUGCUCAUUUGUUGUGUUUUGUUUGUAAA